AUGAAAUAUUAAUAAGAAAUAGCAAUAGGGAUUGAUUUGGGAAUGACAUACUCUAGAGUUGGAGUGAUGAUAAAUGAUUAAUUUUAACUUAUAGCCAAUGAAUAUGGGAAUAAAUUUACUCCUUCAUAUGUAGCUUUUACAGAUAAUGAAAGACUUAUAGGUGAAGCAGCAUUAAAUUAAUAAACUAAAAAUCCUACAAAUACUAUAUUUAAUGUAAUUAGAUUAAUUGGAAGAAAAUUUAGUGAUAAGAUUGUCUAAGAAGAAAUUUAAAAAUUACCUUACACAGUUGAAGCUGGUCUUUAUGAUAGACCUAUGAUUGUUGUUUAAUUUAAAUAACAAACAUUGAGAUUGCAUCCAGAAGAAGUAUGUUCAAUGAUACUAUGUAAAAUGAAGACAAUAGCAGAAAAUCAUUUAGGAAUUAAAAUAAAUUAAGCAGUCAUAACAACAUCUUGCAAUUUAAAUUUCUGUUCUAAACGUGCUAUUGAAGAUGCUGGAUUAAUCUCAGGUUUAAAAAUCUUAAGGAUUAUAAUUGGAUCAACUGCAGCACACUUUACUUAUGGUAUGAGUCUAUUGAAUGAAAAUCUUAGAACCAUAUUAAUUUUCAAUCUUGGAGGAGGAUCCAUAACAGUAAGUGUGAGUGAUAUUGAGUUUUCAAUAAUAGAUAUAAAAUCUACAUCAGGAGAUAGAAAUUUAGGAGGUGAAGAAUUUGAUAAUCUCUUAGUCAAUUAUUGUUGUAAUAAGUUUUAAGAAUAAUAUGGAAUUGAUUUAAGAUAUAAUUAAAGAGCAAUGAGGAGAUUAAAGAUUUAAUGCUAAAAAGCUAAAGAAACUUUAUCAACUAUUAAUCAAACUACUAUUGAGGUAGAAUUCAUCACUUAAGAACAUGAUCUUAUUAUUCAAAUAACUAGAUAAACAUUUGAAAUGUUAUGUUUACAUUUAUUUUAACAGUGUAUAAGUCAUGUAGAAUAAGUUCUUAAGGAGGCCUGUUUAAGCAAAGCUUCUCUAAAUUAAGUUAUUCUAGUUGGGGGAUCAUCUAGAAUUCCAAAAAUUUAGGAGUUAUUAAAAGAAUAUUUUAAUGGAAAAUAACUUUAUCAUUCAAUAGAUAAAGAUGAAGCUAGUGUUUAUGGGGCUGCAUUCAUGGGUGCACUUCUUAAGGCAUAAUCUUAGAAAUGUAAGAAGUGGUUACUUCUUGAUACAAUUCCUUAUGGUUUGGGAAUAGGAAUAAAUGGUUAUUAUUAGUAUUAUAUGAUUAAAAAAAAUAUUCAUAUUCCAUGUAAAGAAUCAUAAACAAUUAAGUUAUCAAAAGAGAAUAUAAAUAAUUAAUUAAAAAUCUUAUUAUAUGAAGGAGAAAUAUCUAACCAAAUUGAAAAUUAUAGAAAAAUAGGAUAUUUUGAUAUAGAUAUAUAUAAUAAAGAUUAAUAAGGUGAAAUAAUAAUCACUUUUUUGAUUGAUGCAAAUAAUUAAUUGGUUAUAUCUACAUAGGAUACAGAUUCUAAAUAAAAUAAUAAUAUUGUAGUAUAAUUUGAAUAAUAUACUCUUUUAGAUGAAGAAAUUUAGAGAUUAAUUGAAGAAUCUGAAUAAUAAAGGAAUAGUGAAGAUAUUGUAAAAUAAAAGAAUGAAGCAAAGAAUAAAUUUGAAUCAUUAAUUUAUCAUUAUAAAAGAAUAAUUAUGGAUGAAAUUAAUAGAUAGGAAAAAUGGUUAGAAUCUCAUUAAGAUGAAGAUCCAAAAAUUUAUAUUUAAAAAAUAGAAGAUUUAGAAUUGAAAUUUUAACAUCAAGUAGAAUUGAUUAAUCAUAUUGAUUCUAAAAAUUAAAAAGAUACUUAUAAUUGA